UCAUUUAUUUUUGCGUUUAGUGUUUGUAUCGAGUGCAGUUUUAUUUAGACACGUAAAUCGGCUAUUUUUAAUAAAUGUUGAUGUGUGUUACCAUUCAAUCUAAACUGUUGAAUUAGUUUAUUACUGCUUACGUUAAAUAAACAUAUAGUUGCCAGCUGUUAUGUAAGGAAUUCUGAAAUGCAAAAUCGUAGACAGGGAAAUCCCAGAAAUCCAUUCGGCGCCGGGAACUAUACUUGGAGGGCCCAACAAGGAAGGACAAACAACUGGCGAAACAAUUCUAGGAGCGCGCGACGACCGAGUCUUAGUACUAGUUCUGAGCAAUCCAAUUAUAGUAGAAGUCGCCAGGGAUUCGGCACAGGACAAAGAGAUGACAGAAGAAACAAUUAUUCUAGGAACACAGUACGCCGAAAUCAAAGUCCUAGUGCUAGUUCUGAGCAAUCCUAUGCUAGUAGGAAUCGCAAUGCAUUCGGUCCCACAGGACGGCAAGAUCAAAGAGGUGGCAGAAGACCUAACCAGAAUACGAGAAAAAUGGGCUUCAAAGCGCUACAAGAUUUGCUAAAUAAAGAUUCUGAAGAUUUAAUCCUAGAAUUGUCCAACAUUAAAAGAGGCAUACAGGACUACAUCAAAACGAGUUUAUCCGAUGACGGUAUUAUCCUGUUUGUAAAAGUGUUGAAAAAAGUGUCAGAUUCGGCUUUUGUUGAAAACAAAUAUAAGGUUUUGCAAUUGUAUUUGGACGAAACAUUUGUUGAUAAACUGGUAAAGUACAUAGCUUUGCUGCCAAUGCAAAACGAAUUAGAUCGCAGAAAUAACAAAUUUUUUUGGGAAAAUACUGACGACUUUUGGAACAACAUUAUAGGCAUUUGUCAGGAUAUUUAUGAUGCAAUUCCCAGAUUUGCGUUUAAAGUUUUGCCUAAUAUAAUGAAAAGUUUGCUCGUGUGCUUCCCUGCGUUUCAAGACCAACACAAACAACAUAUUUCGGACGGGAUAAAGGAAAAUGUGAAUAAACUCAAUGAAAGUAUUCAAAUUAUGAUAGCGGAAGAAGAAGAAAAGAAGAAGGCUUCUAUCCAAAAGAAAGUGUCUACCUUAAUCGAAGAAGAACCACCGGAUGAUUUCCAUCAAAUUUCUGUGUACCCCAGUACACUUGAACUCCUUGGGGGUACUCAAGUUUUUCUACGAAAAAAUGUUAUUGAGGGACCUUACAAAGACGCAAAUCAUUAUUUGGACGUCCAGUUUAGAUUGCUAAGAGAAGAUUUUGUUGGACCUUUGAGAAGUGGUAUCGCCACAUACCGAUCGGAAACAACCAAGAAACAUCGAAUUGAAAACGUCAAUAUUUACAAAAAAGUACAGUUUUUAAAUCAAGAAACAAUCAACGAACAGUACUGCAUUCGAUUAAGGUUCGAUUUUUCACGCAAUAAAAAGAAAUUUCGACUCGAAGACUCCAAAAAAUUUAUGUUCGGUUCUCUCCUAUGCUUCACCUCCGACAAUUUCAAGUCACUGUUUUUUGGAAAAAUUGCCCAGAAAGACGUGAAAGACCUGGAAAAAGGGGAACUAAUUGUAGGCUUUGACCAAAAUGUGCUUGUGGAUUACAAAGCGGACUAUUUAAUGAUUGAAUGUGGAGUUUACUUCGAACCAUAUUUCCACGUCCUCAAUGUCCUCAAAAACAUGAACACUGCCGAAUUUCCGAUGGAAAAAUACAUCAUUCGCGUAGACCCCACACUGCAGCCACCGGAGUACCUCAUGGGGCCAACACCACGUAGGAUUUCAGUCCGUGGUCAUGAAUUUUUCCCUCUCCAAAACUGGCCAAACACUAACUUUUACGGUUUUAACCAAUCGCAACUUGGUGCCUUUCGAGCAGCUUUGACGCAAGAGUUUUCCGUCAUUCAAGGUCCGCCUGGUACAGGGAAAACCUUCCUUGGUCUCAAAAUCGCUAGAACAUUGCUUGAAAAUCACAACAUUUGGUUCAACAAGACUCCAAUGUUGGUCAUAUGUUACACUAAUCACGCUCUCGACCAGUUUUUGGAGGGUUUGACUCAGUUUACUGAGAGUAUUCUCAGAAUCGGAGGUCAGAGUAAAAACGAAACAUUGGCAAGGUUCAAUUUGAGAAAUACAAAGUUUCGAACAAGCCCGGCUGUUUUACAACAGAGAAACGAAGUGAAAGUCAUUUUACAAAAAAUUCAUAGCAUAACGGAAAAUUUGAAGCAAAUCGAUUUUUAUCACAGUAUCCGAGCUUUCGAUGUUUUUGAAGAUGUUAUACCGAGUUUUGCUAAAACAUGGUUUUAUCGUGCUUCAAGGGAUGAAAUAUUGGAUUGGUUGCUUUCCGAAAAUGAACUAAUGGAUUUAAGUAAUACAGUGAAAAGUCCUGGCAGUGUUGCAGAGGUUCAGGAUAAAAUGGCUAACAUGCAGAUUGAAGAUGCAAUUAUAGUCGAUGAAGAAUUGUCGGAUUAUGAGAUCGAAGAAGAUGAAAAUAUGAAAAUAGAAUUGGAUGAUAUCUUUGAUGAAGUGAACGCAAUGGAGGUUCAGUGCAGCAUUCCCCUUAUUACACUCUCUUCACUUCAACAAAAGAUUUCUGCGCUCGAGGGGGCUUUAUAUCAACUCAAGCAAAAGGAAGAGAUUACUACAGAGGAUAUUUUUGAAGAAGAUCGGAUUGCUUUCGAAUUGUAUAAAUUAAAAUAUCGUUGCGACUGUUUAAAUUAUAGGCUAACCGAGGGCAAACAAAUGCGUUUCAUGAAAAGGAAAGUUCCUAACUGGUCGGAUUUCGUAAAUCCUCUUCAAAUGUUACCCGAUGAGCGUUGGAAUUUAUACUUUUUUUGUUUGAAUUUAUACAGAGAAAAACUAAAUGAAAAACUGAGCUUACUAAAUGAACAAUUUCGAGAACAACAUAAAGUCUAUGAGGAAAUGCGACACAUUGAAAACACUAAAGCCAUGAAAAAUGUGCUUGUUGUUGGGAUGACGACCACCGGUGCCGCCCGCCUGAGAUCAUCUUUGCAAACUUUAAAAAGUCCAAUCGUUAUUGUUGAAGAAGCAGCGGAGAUUCUAGAGGCUCACAUUAUCUCUUCUUUGACCAAACAUUGCAAACAUUUGAUUCUCAUAGGAGAUCAUCAGCAGUUGAAACCCAGCACUGCGAAUUACAACAUCGAAAAAUUUUACAAUUUGGGGAUAAGUUUGUUUGAGAGAAUGGUUGUUAAUAAAAUCCAAUUGCAUACUUUAAAUGUUCAACAUAGAAUGAGACCGGAAAUUGCCAGUUUGAUCUCGCCGACAAUUUAUCCAACUCUGCAAGAUCACCCAUCGGUGAACGAAAGACCAGAUAUAAAAGGAGUCGAUAAUUGCUUAUUUUUCAUCGACCAUAACCACGCAGAAGUAAACUGUGAAGGCACAAGCAAAAAAAAUUACCACGAAGUUGAGUUUUUGAUUUAUUUUGCGAGGCAUCUUAUUUUGAACGGUUAUAAACCUGAAAACAUUACAAUCCUGGCUGCUUAUUUGGGGCAAAUGUUUGAGUUGCAAAAAGAGAGGCGCAAUCACAAGGACCUUUUGGAGAACAUAAGGAUUGCAGUUUUGGAUAACUACCAAGGGGAAGAAUGCGAUAUUAUCCUACUUUCGCUGGUUCGAAACAACGAAGAAAAUAAAGUCGGAUUCUUAUCCAUUGAAAACAGAGUGUGUGUGGCGCUUUCCAGAGCCAGAAACGGCUUCUACCUGAUGGGAAAUAUGAACCAGUUGUGUACUGCAAGUCAACUUUGGCGUGAAAUUCACAAAACUUUUCAACGCCAGAAUGCCAUUGGACCUCAUCUAGCUUUACGGUGCCAAGUACAUCCAGAUAAAGUCACGUAUGUGGCAAGCGGGAAAGAUUUUUUGAAUAUAUCAGAAGGUGGGUGCAACCAGAAAUGUGGGGCAGAUUUGGUAUGCGGUCAUCAAUGCACAUCUCUUUGCCAUGUGUUAAAUAGAGAUCAUGCAAGUUACCGGUGUCUUGAGAAGUGUGGAAAGAAACUGUGUGAUAAAGACGAACGACAUUUAUGCCAAAAAAGAUGUUACCAAGAAUGUGGUCCUUGUACUUACAAGGUUUUGAGGACUCUGCGAUGUGCACACAUGGUGAAUUUGGAGUGUCACCUUGAUCCUGAAACUUAUAAUUGUGAAGCACUUGUGCCCACGAAACUGCCCUGUGGUCACAACGUCGACAAGCCUUGCCAUCGCAGUCCAGAAACGUAUCCUUGCCCCUUCCCAUGUGAAAAACAAGUCGAACCUUGUGGUCACGCGUGUACUAGGAAUUGCCAUAUUCGGAUGGAUCCAGACCAUUUACAGUAUAAAUGUACCAAACGUUGUGCCAAAUACCUAAAGAAUUGCAACGCCGAACCUGAAAAACACAAGUGCAAGAAAUUAUGUUUUGAAGACUGUGAUACAUGUAUGAUCCGUGUUAAAAAACAGCGAACUAUCUGUCCACAUUUUUACGACGUGCCUUGUUCUAGUAAUGUAGACGAAAUAAGCUGUGAAAAGCCUUGCACAAAAAUGUUACCUUGCAAUCACAAAUGCAAAAAUAAAUGCAAUGAACCCUGUGGAAACUGCAAAGAAAAAGUUGAAAAAAAUAUCCCCAUAUGUGGCCAUGCAAUUAAAGUAAAAUGUAACGAAGAACCUCUACGGAAAUUCUGUACGAAGCAAUGCCCUUUGAAACUGGCUUGUGGCCACCCUUGUACAAAAAAAUGCAACGAGUCUUGUACCACAUCAUGUAAUGUACUGGUCAAUUGUGCAGUAAAGGCCUUUUGCGGUCACAUUGUGAGUAAGUUGCCGUGUUACAUAGCUCGUGGUGCUAUAGAUCCAAAGACCCUUCUACAAUACUGCAACCAUCCUUGUCGCGACCAGUUAUUAUGUGACCAUAACUGCUCAGGAACCUGCGGAGAGUGCUCCCAAGGCCGCAUCCACAAACGCUGCGAGGAAAAAUGCGGAAACCCGCUCGUGUGCAACCACCCUUGCGAUUUCCCAUGCAGACAAGCAUGCAGACCCUGCGUACGCCCUUGCCCAUACAAGUGCAAACACAGCUCUUGCGGAAAACGCUGUGGCGACAUUUGUGUCCCUUGCAAGGAGAGUUGCCCCAGAAGAUGCAAGCAUCAACGAUGCACCAAGUACUGCGGAGAAAUCUGCGACGUGCCCCCUUGUGAAAAACCCUGCAACAAAUUGCUGCCAUGUGGCCACCAAUGUAUUGGUUUUUGCGGAGACCCUUGCCCCAACAAGUGUCGCGUCUGCGACGAAGAAGAAGUAACAGAGGUGUUUUUCGGGUUUGAGGGUGAUGAUGAUGCCAGGUUUGUGCUACUCGAAGACUGCGGGCACAUUUUUGAAAAUACAGGAUUGGAAAUGUGGUUAAAGCAGGAUGAUGGGGAAGUUAUUAGAUUCAAGGAGUGUCCACGGUGCAAAACAGCGAUUAAGAUAACGCCUAGAUUCAGUGAUUAUGUCAAGAAAGCCAAGGCUGAUGUGGCUAAAGUUAAGAAAAAUCUGCACGGGACUGAAAGGGAGUUGAGCAAGAAGAGGCAAGAAUUGGUAGGGAAACUACUCGAGAUUAGACUGAAUUCACAAAAGGUGAAUAGUUACCACUUCUUCGACGAUAUUUUUUCCGCGAUGGAAACUCGCCUGCGAACUUCCUUAUCGGGAAAACGCCAACGUAUCAAUAAAUCAGAGUUGAAUGCACUUGAGUCAAAACUGCAAAUCAUAGAACACGUUGAUGACAUUAGUAAAAAUUGUCCUAAUGCUGUUUCACAAACCCGCUACUCUUCUCAGGUAAAAUUCAUACUUAAAACUUUGAAACGAGAACAUGACUAUGUGACAGAUCAAGAAAUAGGUGAUAUUAAGUACGAAUUAAAUCGGUUGUACCGAAUCGCCGAAUUAGAAGAAAUUAAGAAUUCGUCUAAUUUCGCACAGCGUUAUACGAAUUUGAAAGUUCGAGACACUGUAGUACAAACUGAACGUCUUCUUUUUGGUUUAGGCAAAUUUUACGAUGAAGAUGAACAAAAAGUGAAGCAAUUAUUGCAAGAAUUGAGUAAGUUGGUCUCGUCGGGAAUAGGAAUUUCGGAACAAGAAAAGAGGGAAAUUGUUAAAGCCAUGGGUUUCAAACAAGGACAUUGGUUCAAGUGUCCCAAUGGACAUCCAUACUGUAUCGCUGAUUGUGGGGGAGCCAUGGUAGUGUCAAAAUGUCCCGAAUGUGGGUGCAAAAUAGGGGGAACCCAACAUACACUGCUUGCAGAUAACCAGUUGGCGUCUGAAAUGGAUGGUGCACAGUUUGCCCGUUGGUCGGAAACGGCCAAUAAUAUGGGCAAUUUUCUAUUUGAUUUUAAUGAUUGAUCCUGUUAAUUAAACAAGUUUAUUACUUUACUGAUUUAUUAAAUUUAAUAU